AUGAAGGCCUCCAUUCUUUCUAUUGCCUACCUCAUCGCCCUUGCGGCCACAGCUCCCGCUCUUGUCAGCAACAAAGACGUUUCCAUCCGGACCCCACAGCUUCCUCCCAUAUAUGAGGAGAUCGCCGAUGCUGCAGGCGAAAAUACCAAGCGCCAGCUUCCUCCCAUCUAUGAGGAGAUCGCUGAUGAAAACACCAAGCGCCAGCUUCCUCCCAUCUAUGAGGAGAUCGCUGAUGCAGGCGAAAACACCAAGCGCCAGCUCCCCCCCAUCUAUGAGGAGAUCGCUGAUGCAGGCGAAAACACCAAGCGCCAGCUCCCCCCCAUCUAUGAGGAGAUCGCUGAUGCAGGCGAAAACACCAAGCGCCAGCUGCCUCCUAUCUACGAGGAGAUUGCCGAUGCAGGCGAAAACACCAAGCGCCAGCUUCCUCCUAUCUACGAGGAGAUUGCCGAUGGGGGCGAGAACGAGAAACGCCAGCUCCCUCCUAUCUACGAGGAAAUAGCCGAUGCAGACCAGUAG